AUGGCCGCAACCAACUCGACUGGCUCAGGCCAAGACAAGCCGACUUCACAAGGCGCCAACGGGACCAACAACGCCACUACCAACGGCACCGUCGCCACAGGAACAGCAGCACUAGUCGCAGGACCUAACAGCGCCAACACCGAGGUCUGGUCCAGUCUGCUAAAGUCCGUCGCAUCCUCCCGUAUGGUCCCCGCAAAAGAUGUCAUCAUCCUUGGUGACCCUCAUUCAGGCAAAUCAACCCUCAUUGACCUCCUCAAGACCGCCCUCCCAGAGCCCUCCUCUGACGCGCUUGCUAACGGCGAAGACGGGUCCAAUGCUGGAGGUGUAAACGGGCACCAUCAAGGAGGAGCGAAUGGGGUUGCUAACAGUGGCAAUGGCUCUGCACCAGUCAUGGUCGAGAUGGGGACUGGCACGAGUGACGAUAAUAUGUUUGCGGGAGCGCUGAAGAAGAAUGACUUGGCGCUGAGUUAUUCUUUCUGGAACGUCGAGGACGAUGAGAACGAAGAAACGGUGGCGAGAUUGGGCAUUUAUCAGGUCGCAGGAUCGCACAAGAGCUACCAUGCGUUGCUCAAGUACUGCCUCAACACAAAGACGAUUGCCGACUCUGUCAUUAUGAUUGUCCUGGAUUGGGCAAAGCCCUGGACAUUCAUGGAGACUUUACAACGCUGGAUCAAAGUCUUGGAGGGCGCACUUCAGCAGAUCUGUCAGGAAGGUGCCGUCGCAACAGCUACAUGGACCAAGGGCAAGGCAUUGAUGGACGAACUUCAGGAAAAAUUGGCACGUUUCCUUCAGGAGUACACCGAGCCACAGCCUCACCCAUCUAUCGGAUCAGCCGUCUUCAGCGAGAGUCAGACGUUCAGCCUCGGCUCGACUGAUGCUCAGUCAGUUCUUCUUCCCUUGACAGAAGGAUGCCUGACCAACAACACAGGAGUGCCAAUUGUCAUUGUCUGCACAAAGUCUGACCACAUCAACAGUUUGGAGCGCGAGCAGGAUUAUCAGGAAGAGACGUUCGAUUACAUUCAGCAGUCGCUCAGAACCAUCUGCUUAAAAUAUGGCGCAAGUUUGUUUUAUACCUCGAUUCACCACCCUCAUACAUUCGCCAGCCUUCGCCAGUACCUCUUGCACCGACUCUUGACACCCUCGACCCUCAACAACACACAGAUUCAGCAGCCCUCGAACUUUCACUUCAAGAAGCGAGCUCAGGUGGUAGAGCGUGAUCAGGUCAUGGUUCCUGCUGGAUGGGAUUCGAUUGGAAAGAUCAAGGUGCUGAGGAAUGGAUUUGACUGUGAGGGCGUUGCAAAUGACUGGGAUUUGGACGCAAAGGGGACUGGUGAGGGCGAGGCCGCUGAUGGCCCUUUGCCCGAGGGAGCCCGCAAGGUGUAUGAGGAGACGAUCGUCAACCCAAAACGCAGCCAUGCCCCAAUCACGAUACAACCCAUCAUUACAGCAGAGGACGACCAAGUGUUCUUGGACAGAUUCUUCGAGACGUUACAGCGUUCGAACGAGCGCUCGAGCGUGGCACCAGGAUCGUCGAUGGGAGGAGCAGCAUCUGCAGGAUUGCAUGGCGCUCACGGAGCUGCCAGUGGACCUCCAGUGGUCGGACCUCUUGGAUCAGGAUACACCCCCAUGCUCAACAGCCACCAUGCGUCGAGCCCACCCCCUACAGUCCCUGUGUCCUCGGUCGGCAGUGCAGGUGCAGGCGGUCGCCCUGGCGCGAACGGAUAUGAUUCGUACGAUGUUGAGGCUCGUCUGAAGGGGUUCACAUCUAACAAGACGAAGGUCAAUGGUGGCGCCUCGGGAAUGAUUGGACCUGCCCUCACCGGCGAGGGUGGAUCUGCGGCGGCCAAGUUUAUGAUGAUGAUGGAGCAAGGACGGACCAACUCGGGUUCUCCACCAGCGUCGGCAGCCUCUGCGACCUCGUUGGGCGGUAUGGCCUCUACGGGAGCUAUGGCUGGACGUCCUGGCGCUGCGGGGGCUGUCGGUGCAGGUGGUGUGCCCGGAAGUGCACCCGGUGUUCCUCAGACCGAGGCCCUUUCGAAUUUCUUCCAGUCGUUGAUGACCAGAAAGGGCGCCAUGCCCCCCCUUGGCGCUGGUGUUGGUGCUACUGGCGCUCCCGGCGCUGGUGCUUCUGCGGCAUCGUCGGCCUCUGCCUCCGCUUCGGCUUCUUCAGGACCCGCUGGCAGCCCCGCCAACAACGAUUCAUAA